UGUUGUUGAGAGGAAUUGUGGUCCCAGAAACGUAGUCAUUCAAAAGAAAAGCAGUAAACGUUCCUGACUAUGAUUAGUCGUGCAUAAAAUCUGUUGCUUUAUUUUUGUUUCUUUGUUUAAUCGAUAGGCUUUCACUCUUCCUUUCGGUCUGUCCACGUUUGUGUGCCGAGCCUUUUUACUUUAACGCAUGUUAAUCGUACAGCCUAACUUUAGCUAAAGUACACAGACGUACCAUGAAAGCGCUGAUCCUCGUUGGCGGCUAUGGCACCCGGUUGCGCCCCCUCACCCUCAGCGUGCCCAAGCCGCUGGUUGAGUUCUGCAACAAGCCGAUCCUGUUGCACCAGGUGGAAGCUCUGGUGAAGGCUGGAGUCAACCAUGUAAUCCUGGCUGUGAGCUAUAUGUCAGACCUACUGGAGCGAGAGAUGAGGGUCCAGGAAGAAAGACUAGGAAUAAAGAUCUCCCUCUCUCAUGAGAAGGAGCCAUUGGGGACAGCGGGACCUCUGGCCCUGGCCCGGGAUCUGCUCACCGACGACUCUGAGCCCUUCUUCGUGCUCAACAGCGAUGUCAUCUGUGACUUCCCUUUCGAGGAAAUGCUCAGGUUCCACAAGAAUCACGGAAGGGAGGGGACUAUCGUGGUCACCAAGGUGGAGGAGCCAUCCAAGUACGGAGUGGUCGUGUACGAAGUGGAGAACGGCUGCAUACACCGCUUUGUGGAGAAGCCUCAGGUCUUUGUUUCCAACAAAAUCAAUGCGGGGAUGUACAUUUUCAGCCCCUCCAUGCUGGAUAGGAUACAGCUGAGACCCACUUCCAUUGAGAAGGAGAUCUUUCCAAAAAUGGCCCAAGAGGGACAUCUGUAUGCCAUGGAGCUUCAGGGGUUCUGGAUGGACAUUGGCCAGCCCAAGGACUUCCUGACAGGGAUGUGUAUGUACCUGCAGUCCGUGAGGCAGCACAGUCCAGACAGACUCCGCACUGGGCCUGGUUUCCUGGGCAACGUCCUUGUGGAUCCUACCGCUCAGAUCGGGCAGAACUGCACCAUCGGACCCAACGUGACUCUGGGCGCAGGGGUAGUGCUGGAGGAUGGGGUGCGGAUCAAGCGCUGCACCGUGCUGAGGGGAUCUCGGGUGCGAUCCCACUCCUGGCUGGAGUCCUGCAUCGUGGGCUGGAGCUCCUCCGUGGGCCAGUGGGUACGGAUGGAGAACGUCACUGUGCUGGGCGAGGAUGUCAUCGUCAACGAUGAACUGUACCUCAACGGGGCCAACGUGCUGCCUCACAAAUGCAUCUCCGACUCUGUGCCUGAUCCAAGCAUCAUUAUGUAGGGGGGGCUGGGGGGGGGGGUGACGAGCAGGACGUUCCUGCACUGAGCCUGGGCAGCUGUCACAAGAGGAGGCGGCUGGACUGAACCGAAGGGGCUGGAGUCACAGCCUGGGCCUGUGUGAGAUUCGCUAUGCAUAAUAGAGGGUAGCUCACGAUCGCCAUAUGGAUGUGUGUGUAUGUCGCUGUAUGUGUGAGGAUGUUCUAAUCAAGAAAAAAAAAAUUCUUGAAAUUUAGGCUUUAAAAGCUACAUCGGGUGCUACUGUCCUUUGCUGCCACUCAUGCCUGCAUUUAGCCAAAUGGGAAAGUUAUAAAGUAGCUGCCAGGAAUUUGGGGGAGCGCAGCGGGGGCUGGUGGUGCCUGAUCAGCCGCCCCGUCUUGGCUUUUCGGAGCCUCGUCUCUCCAUUCAUCAGACCCAGAGAUCAGACCAUUUCAUCAGCAUGCGGACGUAUGACGUGAUUCUUUGGAACGUGUGUCGGAUUUCAGCUUAAGGAUAGUGAUCCAGUGUGUGCUGAUGUGUACAAAGAGGGAAGCGGGGGGAGGAGGAUCUACCAUCCAUCAAUGGAAAAUCCAAGUGCACAUACCCGCUGAUUUAAAGAAGUCUUUUGUAUGUACAUUCUUUGGUAACAGACACUGGGUAUGCAUUGAGAUAAGUGUAACAGCUAUUACUGGGGUAAUAGUAAUUUCAAAGUAUUUAUGCCUUAAAUAGCUGAUAUUUCAUAGCACCUGAUAUCGUCGCUAGCCAGAGGUCUGUAUGCCCUAUGUCAGUGGAAGUGUUUACAAAGGGGGGAAAAACGUACUUUACACUGUUGAUCAUGAUUUUCGGACGGCUUUAACUUCAGUUAGGCAAGCUUUGUGAAUGCUGGUCACAGCUGAUCACAUGGUAAUCCGGUCAUUUCAGUCUGGUCACAGCUGAUCACAUGGUAAUCCGGUCAUUUCAGUCUGGUCACAGUUGUCCUGACUCAUUCCUAUUUGUUUCACGAAUCUCUAAAAAAAAAAAUGGGUUGAACAGCUGUAAAUCGAAUUGCAUAUUUUUCUCUGCCAAAGGUAAUGUGAGAUUACCUGUGUGAUAAUCACUGAAUUAGUUUUUUUUUUUUUUAAAAAAAAUACUAAAACAUACUUUGAAAAAGUAUCAAGAAAUAUUCAAUAUGAAGAAUACAGUGGUGGAUGUCUUCAGACUGAUGUUUCUCGAACAUCAUCUAAGAUUCAACAAUAUCUAAGACUAAAAGUUUUGUUUUUAGUAAUAAUAUACCAUAAUUAAUCUUACUGGGUUGUCAUUUUUAAACCUUUGUCUUGUAGGAAUUAUAAGCACACCUAUUUUUCAGAUUAUGUGUCAGUGUGAAGAGGUUUUCAUUCUGACGUUGACUUGUGUUAGUUGGGAGUCUGAAAUAGUUUUUAUUUCUAUCAAACGUCUUUUCCCCAUCCAGUUACUGUGAUUCGAUACGAUGCCUCAUGUCUCAUCCUCUCUGCCUUGUUCGUGGGCGAUGUUAGGCCUAAUAAAUACAAACGACGAACAUUUACUUAAAAACGUAAAAGUUUAAAUAGCAGUGCUUCGAAUAGCUUAUGAACAUUCAGAUAAGUAUGCAUUUGAAAUUAACAUGACCUAAUAAACUCAAAAAUGCAACGUGAUACCUGCACAAUUAAACAGUCAUGUUUGCCUGG